AUGAUCUGCUUUUCAUGUGGGAAGUAUGGCCAUAAGAAGGAGCAAUGCAGCUCCCUCAGUGACAAAAGCCCGAAGGAAAAACCUGUAAAAGAAGGUCCGAACGUAAACAUUGAAGGGUGUAACAAUGUCGAACCAGUGGAGAAUAAGGAGCAAAGAGAAGGGGAGGAAGCCUUCGGGUCCUGGAUGGUUGUCCAGAGAUCAAACAACUCUCGCCGGCUGAAGUUUUUACCGGCGGUGAAGAAUCAGGGAGAUUACAGUAGAUCAACCAGUGUAGUGGGGAACAAAUAUCAAAGCGUUGAAAAACCUAUUGUCUUAAAACCAGGAGCUAACAUAUUUUUGUGUAAAGUUGCUGCUGCGUUGGAGGAGAUCAGCAAUGAUGUUUCCUCAGUUAGAGGGAACCUAACGGGUGGAGGAUCAGACAAACCAAACAAAGUUGAUACUGAAGGACCCUUUAAGUCAGCAAAUAGCAUGGGAACUUCUCAGAAAGCUAAAGGUGUGGCCAAGAAGGGGUUCUUAGCCCUCAUUAGAGAUCUUAAAUCAAGAUUUAAUAUUAAUAUUUUGGCUUUAUUGGAAACUAAGAUUAGUGGUGACAAGGCUCAGAAGCUUAUUCCCAAGUUUGGUUUCUCUAAUUUCGUCAGACAGGACCCUAUGGGCUUUUCCGGAGGAAUUUGGCUGUGCUGGGAUGAUGUGGACUUCACCCUCCAAGUCUUGAAGACCCACCAUCAGUUUAUUCAUUCUGGGAUCAUUCAUAGAAACUGUUCCAGAGUUGACUUCAUCACCUUUGUUUAUGGUAGCCCAAGAAGGUGCGAGAGAAGAAUGUUGUGGCAGAAAAUGGUUGACCUUGGCAUGGACAACUCCUCCUCGUGGAUAGUCUUGGGGGAUUUCAACACUCUACUAAGCCCGAACGAAAAAGUAGGGGGAUGGUCCUUCUGUUGGGGUGCAACUCAAGAAUUUCGUGAUUGUCUCACUAAUUGUAACCUUCAUGGCAUGGGAUCCAAGGGCCCUCAGUUGACUUGGAAGAGAAAUAACACCCAUGAACGUUUGUAUAGGGCCUGCGUUUCGGAAGCAUGGAACACUCAGUGGCCUAACCACUCUAUCGUCCAUCUACCCUUCUACUGUUCUAAUCAUAGACCAUUAUCCUGGUUGAUGACCAGAUCAGAAACUCUUUCUAUGGUAGCAAACCGUUCAAGUUCCUUGCAGCAUGGCUCACGGAUGAUAACUUUAAUGACAUUGUUUGUCACUGUUGGGCUAACGAACCAAAUUGGUUCCUUAGUGCUCAAAAAUUCCAAGAAGACGUCACGGUUUGGCAUGAGCAAUCCUUUCGAGCCACUCAACAGGUCGCUAUGGAGGGAAUUAGAAACGAUUCUUAUCAGGGAGGAGUUAUGCUGGUUCCAAAGAGCUAAGUGUAAUUGGUUGGAGUUUGGGGAUAGGAACACCAGGUUCUUCCACUCUACUUUUGUUGCCAAACAUAGAAGGAACAAAAUCUUCACCAUCAAAGACGAUAAUGGCCUGUGGAUGGAUGACCCUCACCUUAUGAUGGAUAGUGUUGUGUCGUUCUUUGAAAGGUUGUUUGGGGAGAACUCAGAUGGCUUGGAAGAUUUUCCCUUGAGUGGUGGCUUUCCGAUUAUUGAAAAUAGGUUUGGCAAUAUUGCAACUAUUCCUUCUGCCACGGAGAUCAAGCAGGCAAUCUUCAGUAUGGGCAAAUUUAAAUCCCCAGGGCCAGAUGGCCUUAGUGCUCUCUUCUACCAGGCUCAGUGGCAUGUGAUCAUUGCUAACCGGUUAAAGAAUUUUCUGCCUAACCUUAUUGCUCCUAACCAGUGUAGUUUCAUCAAAAGGAGGAAUGGUUAUGAUAAUAUUGUGAUUGCUCAAGAGAUUCUCCAUUCAAUGAGGAGGAGAAAAUGGGAGACUGGCUGGAUGGCUAUAAAACUCGAUCUUGACAAAGCUUAUGAUCGGUUGGACUGGCAAUUUAUCCACAACACUAUGGUUGAUAUUGGUUUACCGCGUAAUCUGAUCCACCUAAUUGAUGAGUGUGUGCAAACCCCUUCUAUGAAUCUGAUCUGGAAUGGUAGUACAACGCGUAGCUUCAAGCCAAAACAUGGCCUUAUGCAAGGGGAUCCCAUAUCCCCUUACUUGUUUGUCAUGUGUGUGGAACGACUUGCCCAUUUAAUCCAGGCUGCUAUCCAAGUCAAAGCUUGGAAACCUAUUAUCCUUAGCAAAAAAGGACCCCCCGUAUUCCACUUACUUUUUGCCGAUGACAUCUUCCUAUUCGCAGAAGCAUCCAUGGAACAAGCUCACCUGAUUAAUCAGGUUCUGAAGACCUUCUAUGGUGCCUCUGGCCAGAAGGUUAGUGAAGAAAAAUUGAAGGUUCACUUCUCGAGUAAUGUUGGCUUUGCUAAAGCUAGGCAAAUUAGCGGGUGCAUGGGCUUUGGUAUUACCAUGGACCUGGGGAGAUACCUGGGUAUGCCUUUACUGCAUAAACGUGCGUCCAAAUCCAUCUAUGCUCAUAUUCUACAAAAGAUGAAGGACAAGCUAAACUCUUGGAAUCAGAAUGCUCUCUCCUUCGCAGGGAGGAUCACCCUUGCCAAAUCUAUCCUUGGAGUGUUGCCUACGUACAACAUGCAAACCUCCUCCCUAACCAUUUCCAUCUGCAAUGAGAUUGAUCGAACCACUAGGGACUUUAUUUGGGGCUCCUCAGCUGCUAAAAGAAAAGUUCAUUUGGUGGGUUGGGAUAAAGUGUGCUCCUCAAAGGUUUCGGGAGGCCUAGGCAUCAGGACCUCUAGACUUGCCAAUACUUCCUCUGUCAUGAAAAUUGGGCACAGGAUUCUAGUUGAAAAAAAUGCCUUAUGGUGCAAGGUGUUAAGAGCCAAAUACAAAGUGCCUGAUACCCUUAUUCCUAACCUCAUCCCUCGCAGGGAAGGAUCCAACCUAUAG